GGCUUCGAUUUCUGAUCACUUUUUCUGGGCAAUUAAUCCUUUCUUUUGUCGAUCACUUGUUCUUCAAGUAGUCCCAGAGUCCGAGAGUCCAAACAGAGCACGUUCUCGAGACCUUUACGACUCCGCAAAGAUGACACAACACGAUCUCGACUACGCCGGACGCCGGCUGCAGCUGCUGGGUUCCCGGGUCGUCGAACCUGAGAUGACCGGUCACCGUGUUAUUCCUACACAUCAUCACCAGCACCAACACCAACAGCUCGCCCGCCACCAAGAUGAGACGGAGGAGCUCAAUCCCAAAGAGGGGCCUCCUAAUGCCCCCGUGUUCUACAAGCCCGAGGCUGCUACCAAUUUUGAGCUGUUCUACGACUUGUGGUUUGUUGCGAACUUGAACGUCUUCACUGGAAUUCACGAUAUCUCCGACUUCUCGAAAUUCACCUCUUUCAUCGGCUACAUUGUUCUCCUGUGGACAACAUGGGGGUUAACCACAUUGUACGACGUGCGGUUCACAGCCGAUAGCAUCUGGGAGCGUUGCUGCAAGGCCGUCCACCUCGGAGUCAUGAUUGGAUUCGCCGAGAUUGGUACUAGCUUCGAUCCAGACGACCAGAUUGUAUCGAUCUUCAGGACCAUGUCGCUAUUUCUUGCAGUAUCUCGAUUUGUCCUGUUUCUCCAGUACGGAAUGGUCGCAUUUCAGAUCCGCAAAUAUGCUGACGGUAAAUGGCCCAUGAUUUCCACCGCUGUCCUGCAUUUCUGCGCCUCUAUGGUCUACCUAGGAGUCUCGUUCAGGUACGAUCUAGGCAAGAGUAGCCGAGUGUUCCUUGUCUGGUACAUCGGAGGCGUCCUUGAGAUGUUACUGCACCUAAUGCUCUCUCAAACAGCCCACUCCCUGACUUUCCUCGGCACUCAUUUGGGUGAGCGUUUGAACCUUUUGACGCUUGUUAUUUUGGGAGAAGGAUGUAUCAUCUUAGCAAAGAGUAUUACUCUCCUAGUGAAGGACACUUUUGCCAAAGAUUCCUCAUAUACGAUAUGGAGUCCGACCCUCAUCGGUCUUGUCACAGCCGGAACUGCCCUGAUCUACAUCAUUUUUCAGAUCUACUUCGACUGGAUGCAUGAUGAACACUCGAUGUCUAAACGGCAUCAAGUCUGGUGGACAUCGUUGCAUCUGCCUUUCCAUAUUGCGCUCGUACUUCUUCUUGAAGGCGCAAGCCAAUUUGUCGUCUGGGCGCGUAUUGUCGAAUCUGCCAAUUCGAUCAUCGCCAAGGUAAUAGCUACCGAGGAAAAGACUCUUACAGGGAACCCUACUUCCGAGGAGGUCGCCGAGAAGCUUAGUGAUCUAGUCUUACCAUUCCUAACGAAAUACCAACCCCUCGAUGUUUUGGAGACAAUGCAAUCGGUGAAUGAGACUCUGAAAGAAAUCGCCGAUAUGCCCGACUCAUUCUGGAGUUCGGAUCCCUCGCCGGAUGAUUCGAUGCUCGAACGAUACCUAAACGACCUGGCCGAGCUCACGAACACGAUGAUCAACGCUAUUUACAACGCAUUUGGCUUCAACCCUCCCGAGGAACAGGAGGAGUUGCCCAAGACAGAGUACUGGCAGACUGCUGCAGCGGUUGCUUCUGCUAAAAGAUUUAUCCUGGUUUACAUCUACGCGUUCGCAUGUGCUGGCAUUGUCUUGCUCUUUUUGACCAUUAUGCACGUCAUAUCUAAGCGAAAGGGCUGGUCGCCCUUCAAUAUAUUCCGCACCGCCAUCUGCAUCUCUAUCUCCAUCGUCCUGGCAUUGCUCACUAUCAUAGCUGCCAACCAGGAAGCGGUACUAGAGAACGCACGCAACACGGCCUUCGUAGGAAGCAACUGGAUGUUACCGACGAUUACGAUUAGCUACUUUAUCGUCCUUGUCAUGACCCACUUGCCACACCCAUCCGGCUUCUGCAUGGGUCAUUUCAGGAAGCGCACGUACGAUGAUGUUGAAGAAAAAGGAGCCGCGGAAAGGCAUGCUUUGACCGGCACGAGGGGCGCUCACGGCAUUGCGGACUUCGAAGACAGACGUACUGGCUACACAGGGGCCGGCUACGAUGUGUCCUCCCCACCCGGGUAUGACGAGCCUAGGACGAGGCGCUACCCCAGUGAAGCAAGGAGAUCGAGACCUAGAGAGGAGAGGAGAGCUAGCCGUGAUGCUGACCGAAGGUAAAUAAUACAAUGAAAAGUACAAGAUUAUGGACAACCAUGAUUGUACUUUAGGCGAGAGUAACGGUGGUUCUUAACGAAGACUGUCCACGAGAUAUGAUCCUGGUUACAGGGCUAUAUCGAACAACAUGGCGUUUUAGAACUUUACAUCAUCUUUCCGAUGGCCUGAUUUUUGAGCAUGGCGUUAGGGGCAUGGAAGAAAAGCGGUCACGUGGACCGCGAAGAGGGUAUACAUCUAUUCUAUUGACAUCAGUCACUUACAUUUUGGUUGCAUAUUUUCGAAGAAAGAAAUUAGAAAAUCUUACAAGUUCGAUUA